UCUACCUGUCUGUUUGGUUUGCCUAAACAAGUUUGAAAGUGGAGCAGGGGACGACUAAUGAAUUAUUGUGGGGCAGUCAAGACAGCAAGGUGUAUAGAUGUGUGUACUUGUGCAUGCGAUUUAUAUUUUAUAUAUGCAAACUAACUGACUGUGUUAGCGAAUUAGAUGGAUGAGUACAAAUAAAGAGACGUCAGUAUUUUGCAUGUUGUCGCUUAUUAGUGCACCAGAUUGACAAAGGCACCUGGAGUGUGGAAGUGAAAUGGUUAAAAACAUUAUCCUGAAAUAGCAUUACGGACUCAACAAAUGAAACAAUUAGAAUCAUAAACUGCUUUUGAGUUUUUUCCUGAAACUUACAGAGGUGUUUGCACCACGAGGGCAUCAGAUCGCAGCAUUUUUUGGCUGCUGCAGGAAGGGAUGCUGCUUUUCUUCAUUUUUUUUCGUAAGGUGCAGUCGCAAAAAACGGUAAUGCUGGAAAAAAUUUGAAUGACUCCGCUGGAUUACUUAUGUACGGUGCUGGUUUGCCUUGGAAAUGUGCAUAAGUUGUGUCGCACUUAUUAUUCAAGAGCACGGAGAAAGUGACGCAAACUAAAAUUCUGAACUUAUUUUGUUUCCAAAACACCGGUCAGAGAGGCGGCGAAGAGUGAACUUACCUAGAAUUUGUGACGAUACGCCAUUGGAAACAGACGAGGAGAUUUUUGCACUUUAAACACUGGAUGCUAAAGAUCGCCAAAAGGUUGCACCGGGCCACUGAAUCCUCGUCGUUUCUUACAGGGAGUCGCCGAUCUGAGCAGGCCGCGCUCCGGUGUGAAUUUCCAAUAGAUGGCACCUCGGCUGCAGCUGGAGAGAGCCGCUUGGCGUUGGGUCGAAUCAGUCCGACCCGAGGAUGUCACAGCCGAGAAUAUCGAGACGGCGUACCGUGUACUGUUAGAGGGAUGCAAAAGAGGGGCGUGCAGAAGAAACUGCAAAGGAAACCCAAACUGCCUAGUUGGUAUAGGCGAGCAUAUAUGGUUAGGAGAAAUUGACGAGAAUACCUUUCACAACAUCGAUGAUCCUAAUUCUGAAAGGAGAAACAAGAACACUUUUGUAGGUCUGACAAAUCUUGGUGCAACCUGUUAUGUAAACACAUUUUUGCAGGUGUGGUUUCACAAUCUAGACAUGAGACGGGCAAUAUAUCUGUGUCAAAAUUCCAGAGCAGAAGAACUUGCUGUUGACGAUGAUACAGAUUAUGAACCACAAGAAAUAUGUGAACAUCUUCAGUACCUGUUUGCAUUGUUGCAGAAUAGUAAUCGAAGAUACAUAGACCCUUCUGGACUUGUAAAAGCACUUGGAUUAGACACGGGACAACAGCAGGAUGCUCAGGAAUUUUCUAAGCUCUUUCUAUCCUUACUGGAGGACACACUUUCAAAGCAGAAAAAUCCAAAUGUACAAAAUAUCAUACAACAACAGUUCUGUGGACAGUGUGCCUAUAUUACUGUGUGUAACCAUUGUGGCAGAGAAUCACAACUCUUAUCCAGAUUCUAUGAACUAGAGCUCAAUAUUCAAGGUCAUAAGCAACUAUCUGACUGUGUCACUGAAUUUCUUAAGGAAGAAAAGCUAGAAGGGGACAAUCGCUAUUUCUGUGAGAACUGCCAGAGUAAACAAAAUGCUACCAGGGAAAUUAGACUGCUAAAUUUACCUCAUACUUUGAACUUUCAACUUAUGCGUUUUGUCUUUGACAGACAAACGGGCCACAAGAAGAAACUGAACACAUAUAUUGGUUUUCCUGAAAUUUUAGAUAUGGGACCAUUUCUGGAUAAAAAAGAUGAAAAGUGUGUUUAUGAGCUGAAUGCAGUGCUGAUACACAGAGGGGUUAGUGCAUACUCUGGCCACUACAUAGCUCAUUUACGAGAUGGCAGAACAAAUGACUGGUACAAAUUUAAUGAUGAAGAGAUUGAGAAAAUGGAGGGAAAAAAACUUCAACUUGGAAGUGAAGAAGAUAUAGAACCUUCUAAAUCCCAGACACGCAAACCUAAAUGCAUUAAAGGAUAUCAUUCUUCACGGAAUGCAUAUAUGUUGGUUUAUAAACGCCAAGUGGAAGAAGUAAGCCAUUCUGAGCCCAAUGUUCAAGUUCCAGACUUUCUGCAGAGGUUAGUGGAUCGGGAUAACCGAAAGUUUGAAGAGUGGUGUCAUGAAAUGGCUGAAAUGAGGAAACAGAGUGUUGACAAAGGCAAAGCAAAACAUGAAGAGGUGAAGGAGAUCUACGAAUUGUUACCUGCUGGAGACGGUCAGGCUUUUGAGUUCAUUCCCCUUGAGUGGUUGCGAAAGUGGCUAGAUGAUUCUACUGUUACAAAGCCUAUUGAUAACUCAAAGUUUAGCUGCUGUCAUGGAAAACUUCACCCAGAUAAAAUUGAAGAUGUUAAGCGAAUUUCUCAAAAAGCUGCUGACAUCUUCUUCAACAGAUAUGGAGGUGGUCCCAGAUUAGACAAUUCUUCUCUUUGUAGAGAAUGUGUUGUGGAGCGAUGCAGGGUCUUAAGAUUGAAAAACCAGUUAAAUGAAGAUUACAAAGUUAUUUCAAACAUGGUAAAAAUUGUAAACAAUAGCAACCAGGGUUAUUGGAUAGGUAAAGCUUCUCUUCGAAGCUGGAGGCAGUUAGCACUUGAGCAGUUAGAAGAGGAAGAUGAUGAACUAAAGCAUGCAAAUGGCAAAGCAAAUGGAGAGAGCAUUUCUGUCUUAGAUGUUGGAGGUGCAGGAGAUACAAAAGAUAAUGAUGAUGAAAAUUUAAACUUCAAUGAAGAUAUUCUGUGCUCACAUGGUGGGCUUUGUACAUCAGAAAAUGAGAGAAAACUGGUUUCUAAUGAUGUGUGGAACAGACUGAAGACAUAUUUUCCGAAAGCUCCUGAAUUUCCUGCCAGUCAGGAGUCUUGCCCAAAAUGCAAGACAUUGGAAAGAGAGUGUGAAGAAAGUGAAGCAUUAAACAAAAUGAUAGCAAAUGAUCAGAAAAUGGCUCUUCUUAAUCUUUUUCAGGACAAAAAUCGACCCAGUUUACAAAAAUGGCCUACGGAGACAGAUCACCUGUAUAUUGUGUCUUUGUUUUUUGUUGAAGAAUGGAAAAAAUUUAUCAGGAGGCCUGGAAGAUGCACCCCAGUGUCAUCCGUUGCAAAUGGUGCUCUGCUCUGUCCUCAUGGUGGCUUAAUGUUUACUUAUGAGUCCAUGUCCAAAGGAGACGCAAAACAUGUAGCUGUGUUAUGGCCCAGCGAAUGGGAAAUCAUUAACAGAUUCUUUCUUGUGGAUCAGACGAUUAAACUUUCCAGAACUACAGACAAACCUCAACAAGAUGCUUUGCAUAUUGAGUUUCAGACUGACCCAGAUCUUUGUUUAGAAUGUAGGGAAGGUUUGCUUUUUCAACAGCAACGCGAUUUACGUGAAUAUACACAAGCGACAGUGUAUAUCAGGAAAAUUGUGGACAAUACAAAGAUAAUGAAAGACGCUGCACCAGAGCUUAAUGUGAGUGGUUCAGAAGCUGAAGAUGAAAGAGAAGUAAAAAUAGGAGAUAACGAUCCGGAUUUUAACCAGAUUAACAAUGGAGCAAAGCGACAAAAGCUAUCUGUGCCAUCUUCAGGAUCAGGUACCCUCAGUAGUUCAUUUAUUAGUCAUCAGAAACAAGGAAUAAGAAGAAGUACUCGACAUAGAAAGGUUCGAGGCGAAAAGGCACUUAUUGUUUCGGCUAAUCAGACGCUGAAAGAGCUUAAGAUACAGAUUAUGCAUGCAUUUUCUGUAGCUCCAUUUGAUCAAAAUCUUUCUGUUGACGGACGUUGUUUGACUGAAGAUUCUGCAACCUUGGGUAGUUUGGGAGUUGUUCCCGAGUCUGUUAUAUUUCUCAAGGCUGAUGAGCCAAUAGCCGAUUAUUCAGCAAUGGAUGAUGUAUUGCAAGUCUGUAUGCCAGAAGAAGGUUUUAAAGGAACUGGGCUUUUAGGCCAUUGAGAAUCUGCAUUUCUAAGAAGGUGAAAUACUUCAGAAGACCAAAACACAAACAUGUUUGAUUGGAGGCAGCUAAUAAAGACAGGCUAGAUUGCUUGCCACUGUUGUUCACUCUGGAGAUGCUUUGCUUUUUCUAUUUAAAAAGAAUAGUUUUUACAGUUUUUUUAAGGACAUUUCCAUUGAUGAUGACUUUUUCAAAUGGUUUCUCCUGUUGGUGUUUGCUUAUACAUUGUUUAUUGCUCAUACUAAAUUAAGACAAGAAAAUACACUUUGAAACAUCAUGGUAUAAAAACUGUAAGUAUUUUGUGUCUUUACUCAUUAUCAGAUCAAAAUGCUAAUUUUCUAAUAAUUUAAAGGAAGCUAUUGGAUUAUUAAUUUGUAUUUUUCCAGUGGUGCAGAUAUUUUAGUUUUCUAUUAUUAAAGAUGCAUGAAUAUUUUAAACAUUAAAAUGUUUGUUUAUUAGGGUCUCAAAUUAGGCAGCAGUUGUCUAAUAAAGAAAAAGGAUUUCAGACUUCCAUUUACAGUAAGCCUGACGGUUAUGGACCAUUCCCAUGAGCAAAAUAUUUUUUUACUCAAGCAUUUUCUUUAAUUUUUACAUUAUUUAAUUCCAGUAAUUUCAAUGAAUGGUAACUUUAAAAAACAAUACCUUCCUUCUGUAAAGAAUGUAAACAUAUGUAAAAUGUCUGACUUAUUUGAUACCUAUUUUUUAAAUUUAGUGUAGUACAAUACACUGCAAAAUAGAUGACAUAUAUCCGUGCUAUGCAGAAAACAUACCAAACUGAAAUUGUACAAGCAAACCUUUGGAAUAAGAAGUUUGGUCAUAUUUUUUGAAUAAUUUUCUGAUCCUUUAGCUUGGGUGGUGAAAUGUCUUUUAAACAUAUUUGUAAAAACAACCAACCAAUUUAUAGAAAAACCAGAGAUGUGACCUACAAAUAAAAAUUACCAGUUAUGUCACAUUUCACCACAUUUGGCACCACGAUUGGUAUAAUUAUUAAAGUAAUAUGUGACCCUUCACUAUAAGCACUAGGGACACUAGUUGUAUAUGAAUAAUCAUUUACACCUAUGUAGCAUGUUUUUGUUUUUUUAUAAAUAUAGGCCCUUUUUUUUUUUUUUUUUCUCUUUUAAAAAUCAACCAAGUUACCCUUAACAUUAUUUCAGAUAUUAUAAUUACCUUCAAAAACUGAUUUGAAAAUUGUGCACUAUACUAUUGGAACAAGCCUGUUGUGCUUUGAUUAUAUACUCAGUACAUGUCUUUUGAAUGAAAACAAUUCCUCCUUCCAUGCAGGUAGAAGAAAUAUUUAGGGAGACAGAGAGGAAGAAUUUACUUAUAAUAUGACACUUGUGUACAUAGAAUUUGAAUAAAAGAUGAGCUCACUAAAUUUUCUGCAGUUGGCUUCACAUGUUGUAAAGCAUUUCUCCCUUUGGUACUAUUAAUCUUGAUGUAGUGGUACUGUGGUAAUAUAUUUUAUGUAAUAUUACAACACAUUUUUUAAAUUGUAGUUGUAAAAAUUCUUAUAUAAAUGAGACAUACCAGUGCUGGGUGCUGGUAAAAUGUAAAUUAACUUAUUUUGAUGUUACUGUGUGAUAGUAAUGGUCAUUUAUUUACACACUGGUUUGAGGGAUUUUUUCCCCUGGUCAGUAAACUAGCCUUUUAAUCUAUGAUAGGUUGAAAUAACACCUCAACCAGGUCUCAUACUGAGAAAUUGCAAGCUAUGUUUUGCUACACAAAGCAAUUUAAAUUUUUGCUUUCCACUAAUUUUGCCUUAUAGGCUUUUUACAAUACUUGAAUUAAUAUUAUGUUUCCACACAGUUUUCCAUUACAAACUUUAGUUUGUUAAAUAUAUUUUAUGUGCUUGCAUGUGAUCGUGAGAAUUUUACAAAUUAGGUAUGUUAAACUUGUGUGUUAACCAUGUAUUUGUGUUGUUGUCUUUAAUAUGAUUUUGCCAAAUUUAAGCAAUUAGCAAUGUCCCUAGGCAUAUAUUUUUUUAACUUUAUAUAUGCUUCUGAUUAAUGCACAGAUUUUAGACAUUGUAAGAGGCAAUGUAAGCUUGUAAAGCUGGCAUAUGUAAUAAACAAUAAAGUUAAAGUGAGGUGGUCUAAA